GAGCUCGCCUCUCGUUUGAGUUAGAAUCUCUCUCUCUCUCUCUCUCUCUCUCUUUAUUUCUCUCUCUCUAUGGCUACCUCGCUUCUCUCAUCGCUCUCCGCUUCAUCCAUCGAGAGCCACGAAGCCGGGACUGCUUUUGGCGUCCCCAAGACGCCUUUUCUUCAUGGUACUAGUCUCUCUUUCGCUCUAUCUCCUGCCAAUGCGAGGCCUACCACAGCUCGGAGAUGGUGUUUCAGGUCGCCAGUGUCGGCGAAGCAUCUCGACCACAUCCCCAAGCAAUUCAGAGAAGAAAACCUCAAAGAUGGAUUGAUUGAAAAUUACAAGAAUGCCCCUCAAUAUCUUUAUGGACUUAGUCCUUCUCAGAUGGACAUGUUCAUGACUGAAGAUAACCCUGUCCGCCGGCAGUCUGAAAGUGUCACAGAGGAAAGCAUCUCAUCUGCUAACAAUUAUUUGAAUCAUGGGGGAAUGUGGAGCCUAAGAGGCAUGACUGAAAGGGGUCCUUCAAAAUACAGCAUGAGUGUAAGCAUGUACCGUGGAGGAGCUAGAGGAUACGGAAGACCCAGGACUGCUCCUCCUGAUUUACCUUCUUUACUUUUGGAUGCUCGUAUUGUGUACCUAGGCAUGCCAAUUGUACCAGCAGUAACAGAGCUCCUUGUUGCUCAGUUCAUGUGGUUGGAUUAUGAUAACCCAUCAAAGCCUAUAUAUCUGUAUAUAAAUUCUCCUGGCACCCAGAAUGAGAAGAUGGAGACUGUUGGAUCUGAAACAGAGGCAUAUGCAAUUGCUGACACCAUGGGUUACUGCAAAUCAGAUGUGUACACAGUGAAUUGUGGCAUGGCAUAUGGUCAAGCAGCAAUGCUUCUGUCACUUGGAACCAAAGGUUACCGUGCUUUACAGCCAAAUUCUUCCACAAAACUAUAUCUCCCUAAAGUCAACAAAUCGAGUGGGGCUGUCAUAGAUAUGUGGAUCAAGGCCAAAGAACUUGAUGCAAACACCGAGUAUUACAUAGAGCUGUUAGCCAAAGGAAUUGGGAAAUCAAAGGAAGAAAUUGCAAAGGACGUUCAGCGCCCCAAAUAUUUUCAAGCACAAGAAGCGAUUGCCUAUGGCAUUGCUGACAAGAUUAUUGACUCAAGGGAUGCUGCUUUUGAGAAACGGAAUUAUGAUGAGAUGCUUGCCCAAUCAAAAGCCAUGAGGAGAGGAUCAGGAGCUGGUCCACAGGCAGCUCCUUCUGGAUUUAGGUAAUUACAAAGUUGGCAUGCCUACCGUGAUCAUCUGUAUCUUUGCAUAAUGGAGGAGUUGGACCAGUUGGUUUCACUUGACACUUAUAAUGGCAAAAAUAGUUAUGAUGGAAUUUGUAGCUUACUGUCCAACUAUGUUCCAUUGUUGCAAAGUGGCAUUUAAGCAGUUGUCUCAUGUACAAUAUUGCAUAGAUAGGUAUUCUAGUUAUGCAAAAUGUUGCACGCUUUGGUUUUCGGGAAAAAGGUAUAAUUUCUCCUCCA